AUAAAGGAAGAAAAAAGAAGCCGAUUCCGAGAGACGGGACAUGAUUUAUAAUGAAUGGUGACGUCAUACGAUCGCUUUAUAUAAGGACGUGACAGUCCUGUGACAUUACUUAGUUAGCGCUUCGCUUUCACACGGAGUAGUACACCGCACAGUUCAAAAUGUCGGCGCUUCGUGUCACAUUGGCCUCGUUGCUGGUGGGAUUGGCCCUAGCAGCUGAGACGUUCUGGGGCAGAUGUCCCACGGCACCUGCCAAGAAUGAUUUUGACAUGGAAAAGUUCGAAGGCAUAUGGUACCUUCAGGAGACAUUUGACUCCGGCGAGAAGUGCGCCACCUGGAACAUCACCAAGGGCACGGAACCCAACACCUGGAAGGUGAUCGAGGAGAAGGAGAGCGGCGCCAUCAACGCCGUCGGUCUCACCCACUCGGAUUUCAACAGCGGCACCAUCACCAUGAAGAACCCGAGCAAGCCUUCACAGCUGAGAAUCUUCUGGCCCAUAUCCGCCAUUGCUGGAGACGGCGCCCUGACCAUCUACAGCACUGAUUACGACACUUACGCCGGAGUGUUCGAGUGUCAGAACGUUGGGUUCUUCCAUCGUCAGAAUGGAAUCGUCCUUUCCAGGAAGCCAAUCCUGGAGGUUGAACAUAGACAGAACGCUCGCAUCCAGACCCCCAGGAUUAAGGUGGAGUAUUACCAGAGGGUCAUGCAAGGUAACUGUCGCUACAAAUACAACAACGGCACGAACAUAACAGGCACCGGAGACUGGAAUAUCCCAGUCAGGGGCCAAGACGGCGUUUAUUACGUCGAUGAACCUGGAAAGCAGUAAACAUGAGCUGGAACGUCAGAGACUGGAAAUCCCGCUCAGUGAAUAGGAUGCGAGCAGGACAUCAUCAGCAGUUCGCGUAAUUUAAGGAUUGAUGAUAAAGUUUUAAGAUUCUGAUGGCUAUGAUAUUGACGUCGGUUUUUUUAAAUGUUUGUUUUUUUUAAAGAUUAAACUCUGUCAUAUAAAUAUUAUAUAUUCCUUUCAUAUUUUAGAUGAAUCACUACAACUUUUUGUCGCUCCUUUUCACACAAAGUUUCAAAAAAUUUUUUUUCCGGUAUUUUGAAAAGGGCAUAUAAUUGACAAGUCAUAAUUAUCAUAUAUCAUAUUUCGUUUGACGUAAUUCAUCUUUUCUUUAGCCUGGUCACUUUGUAUCUUUAAGUAUGGUAUAUUCUCAACUGUGGAUAAAUUAAAUUAAAGGAUGUAGUUAGGGAAA